UAUACGUCAGUUGUACCUUGCGCGGGAAAAGACGGUGUGGACGGCUUUAUCAUCCAAAGACGGUUUUACUUGGUUUUACUAGUUUAUUAUGCUAGUUUCUUUUGUAUGUUCAUUUCGCAUUUAAACCAUUGUGUAAAAAGUAACUGGUAACAGAGAAUACUUUAAUGUGAUAAAAUGGCCAAACGCACUAACACUGGCCCAAGUACAAACUGCAAAAAAUUUAAGAAUGAUCCAUUAUUUCGGCCUCCGACUGGUUCAAUAAAUCCUACAGAAGAUGCUUUAAUUUUUCAAGAAUUGGAGUUGGAUCACUAUUUAGGACAACCGUAUAGGGGUAUGCCUGGAGCUCAAACAGGUCUUGUACCUGUGAUACGCAUGUUUGGUGUUACAAAAACGGGCAACAGUGUGUGUUGUCAUAUCCAUGGGUUUUCACCAUACUUUUAUGUGAAUUUACCAAACAGUUUUUCUCAACAUGACAUACGUAACUUUAAAGAUAAGUUAAAUGAAGCAUUGUUAGCAGACUCAAGAUCCAACAAGGACAAGAUUUCAGAGAUAGUUUUGAUGGUGGAUAUUGUAAGUGGAAAAUCAUUAGUUGAGUAUCAAGGCGAGGAUGAUGUUAACUUUGCAAAAAUAACUCUGGCAUUACCAAAGCAUGUGGCUGCUGCCAAACGUUUAUUAAGCACCACUGUUGUUUAUCAGCCCCUUGCAAAUCAUGUUUUCCAUUUCUAUGAAGCAAAUGUGGAUGUUGAAACACGUUUCAUGGUUGAUACAAAUAUUUUGGGCUGCUGUUGGAUCGAACUUCCACCUGGCAAGUGGUUUCAGCGUCCAUUUAAUAACAUGCGUGUGACAUCUAGAUGUCAAAUUGAGGUGGAUGUUUCAUGGACAGAUUUUAUUUCCCAUGUACCAGAAGGAGAGUGGUCUUCAGUGGCUCGUUUUCGCAUACAUAGUUUUGACAUCGAAUGUGCUGGGCGAAAAGGAAUAUUUCCAGAACCUCAAGUUGAUCCUGUUAUUCAAAUAGCAAAUGUUGUAAAGUUGCAUGGAGAUGAAGAUAUUGUAGUUCGGAACAUUUUUACAUUGAAAAGCUGUGCACCAAUAGGUCAUGCAGAGGUACGUAGUUUUGAUACAGAGCAGGAAAUGUUGGAACAAUGGGCUGUAUUUGUGCGAGAAGUGGACCCGGAUGUGUUUACUGGUUAUAAUAUAAAUAAUUUUGAUUUUCCAUAUCUCAUUGAGCGUGCUAAUUACUUGAAAUUAAAAAAUUUUGAUUAUCUUGGGAGAAUUUUAGACAUAAGGUCUACCAUAAAAGAAACUGUAACGCAAACAAAAAUUGGCAGAAGAACUUUUAAGUCAAUAAAUUUUGAAGGUCGAGUUGCUUACGAUAUGCUGAUGGUAAUUAAAAGAGACUUCAAACUGCGAUCUUACACUUUAAAUAGUGUGUGUCAAGAAAUUUUAGGGGAACAAAAGGAAGAUGUCCAUUACAGUAUUAUUACUGAUCUACAAAACGGAGAUGAACAGAGCAGGAGAAGACUUGCAGUUUACUGUUUAAAAGAUGCUGAACUGCCUGUUAGGUUACUGAAUACCGUUCGAAGUUUUACCAACGAUAUUGAAAUGGCUAGGGUAACGGGUGUCCCCAUCACUAGCUUGCUAACUAAAGGCGAGCAAGUAAAAGUAGUAGCUCAGUUAUUGAAACACGCUAGAGAAGCUGGAUAUUUUAUGCCUACCCAUCAAGGAGCACCUUCGUCGGAGCAGUACGAAGGGGCCACCGUUAUCGAACCAAUGCGAGGUUAUUAUACUGAUCCAAUAGCUACUCUCGACUUUAGUUCUUUGUACCCAAGCAUAAUGAUUGCACAUAAUUUGUGUUAUACGACACUUAUUAAACCAAAUAACAAGGACAAACUGGGUCUUACAGAUGAUCAGGUUACUACUACUCCAGUGAAUUGUAUGUUUGUAAAAUCUACUGUGAGACCAGGUUUACUGCCCCACAUAUUGCAGCAUCUUCUAGCUGCACGUAAAAAAACGAAAGCUGCGUUAAAAGAAACUACAGAUCCUGUAGUUAAAGCAGUUUUGGAUGGUCGACAGUUGGCAUACAAAAUUUCAGCCAAUUCUGUUUAUGGUUUUACUGGAGCUCAAGUAGGAAAACUACCUUGUCUAGAAAUUUCAAGUAGCGUAACGGCAUACGGACGUACCAUGAUUGAACAAACUAAAAUGGAAGUCGAGCAACAUUACCGAAUAGCCAAUAACUAUGAAGCUGAUGCAACUGUUAUUUAUGGUGACACAGAUUCUGUAAUGGUUAAUUUUAAAGUGAAGUCUUUGGAAAGAAGUAUGGAACUAGGGCGAGAAGCUGCUGAUUUGAUCAGCGCCAAAUUUAUUAAACCUAUAAAAUUGGAAUUUGAAAAGGUUUAUUGGCCCUAUCUCUUGAUUAAUAAGAAACGUUAUGCCGGUUUGUAUUUUACAAAACCAGAUAAAUAUGACAAGAUGGAUUGCAAAGGAAUUGAGACUGUACGAAGAGACAACUGUACAUUAGUCGUUGAUGUGAUUGGUACAUGCCUACAGAAACUUUUAAUAGAUAAGGAUCCUGAUGGAGCUGUAGAUUACGCUAAAAAAGUUAUUUCAGAUCUGUUACAAAAUAAUGUUGAUAUAUCUCAACUUGUAAUAACUAAAGAGCUUACAAAAAAUGACUACGCAGCUAAACAGGCCCAUGUGGAAUUGUCUAAAAAGAUGACGAAACGAGAUCCAGGAAAUGCUCCCAAACUGGGAGACCGCAUACCGUAUGUCAUAAUUGCUGCCACGAAAAAUGCUAGAGCUUUUGAAAAGGCGGAGGAUCCAAUUUAUGUUUUGGAAAAUAACAUUCCGAUCGAUUCACAAUAUUACUUACAGAAUCAACUCUCAAAACCGUUAAUUAGAAUCUUUCAACCAAUUUUAGGUGAUAAUGCUGAAUCAGUUUUGUUGCGUGGAGAGCACACUAGAACUAAGACUAUGGUUACAUCAAAAGUUGGUGCUUUAGCAGCAUUCACGAAGAAAAAAGAAACUUGUUUGGGUUGCCGUUCAGUGCUACCCGCAGGGUCUGAACAUGAAGCAGUUUGUAUUCAUUGUCAGCCAAAAGAAUCACUACUGUAUCAACAAGAAUUGAAUCAUCAUAGAAUGUUAGAAGACAGAUUUUCAGAACUUUUUACAGAAUGUCAGAGAUGUCAAGGAUCAUUACAUGAAGAAAUUCUUUGCACUAGUAGAGAUUGCCCAAUUUUUUAUAUCCGGAAAAAAGUUCAAAUGGAAUUGGACCAAAGCAACACAAAAAUUUCGAGGUUUGGAAAUCCAUUGGUUGAUAAUUUUUAAUGUUGUAAAAUGACCCGGUUAAAAUUUUUAAAUAAAAGCAAGUGAUUUCA